ACAGACUGCGUGCCCGGUCCACGGAGAGAUUCGCUCCCGCAGGGAGGGUUUUCCCGGAGGCACUGAUUCUUUCUUUUUCCGGCAAGCUCGGCCCGGAAGCGCAGUGUCCCGGCUGCGGGCUUACCGGCUCCUCGUCCUUUCCCGGUGGCAGUCGGGGCGUGGUCGCUGCGGGCCGGGCUCACGCGUGCCAGCGAUGGAGGGGCAGCGGGUGGAGGUGGACGGCAGCAUCAUGGAAGGGGGCGGCCAGAUCCUCCGAGUCUCCACCGCCCUGAGUUGCCUCCUGGGCCUCCCCUUGCGCGUGCAGAAGAUCCGCGCUGGCCGCAGCACGCCGGGCCUCAGGCCUCAGCAUUUAUCUGGACUGGAAAUGGUUCGUGAUUUGUGUGAUGGGCACCUGGACGGGGCAGAAAUCGGCUCAACAGAGAUAACCUUCACACCAGAGAAGAUCAGAGGCGGAAUCCACACGGCAGAUACGAAGACAGCGGGGAGUGUGUGCCUCUUGAUGCAGGUUUCAAUGCCCUGUGUUCUGUUUGCUGCUUCUCCAUCGGAGCUUCGCUUGAAAGGCGGAACUAACGCUGAGAUGGCACCGCAGAUAGAUUACACCAUGAUGGUUUUCAAGCCAAUCGUUGAGAAAUUCGGAUUCAAAUUUGAUUGUGACAUUAAAAUGAGGGGCUAUUACCCAAAAGGGGGUGGUGAAGUGAUUGUUCGAACGUCACCAGUUAAACGGUUGGACCCAAUAAAUCUGACUGAUCGUGGCUCUGUGACCAAGAUUUAUGGGAGAGCUUUUGUUGCUGGAGUUUUGCCUUUAAAAGUAGCAAAAGAUAUGGCAGCGGCAGCCGUGCGAUGCAUCAGAAAGGAGAUCAGGGAUCUGUACGUCAACAUCCAGCCUCUACAGGAGUCCAGGGACCAAGCCUUUGGCAACGGGAGUGGAAUCAUCAUUGUUGCUGAGACAUCUACUGGCUGCUUGUUUGCUGGCUCAUCUCUUGGCAAAAGAGGUGUGAAUGCAGACAAGGUUGGAAUUGAAGCUGCAGAAAUGCUAUUAGCAAAUCUGAGGCAUGGUGGCACUGUGGACGAGUAUCUACAAGACCAGCUGAUUAUUUUCAUGGCGCUAGCCAAUGGAAUUUCCAGAAUAAAAACAGGACCAGUUACCCUCCACACACAGACUGCAAUACAUUUUGCUGAACAACUAGCAAAGGCCAAAUUUACUGUGAAGAAAUCAGAAGAGGAAGAAGAUGCCUCUAAAGACACUUACAUCAUCGAGUGUGAAGGAAUUGGAAUGGCAAAUCCGCAUCUCUAGGUGUUUAGCUAAGAGAAACCUCCAUGGUGCACUAACGGAUUAUACAUGCUGCGACCGAGUGAAUGAGAAGUACGACAUUGCAGGACUGCAUUUGGGGUGAAGGACAGCACUUGUGGUUGCUGGCAAUGCUUCAUCGUGUCCCUCUCACCUUGUAUAUCUCCCCAGAUAUACACAGUAAAAGAUGAAACUGGAUGGACGUGACAGUAAAUUUCAGUAUUAAAGUAUUGAAAUCAAA